AGCACAUCCCUUGCGAAUCAACAUGCUUCACCAAGCUUCUUCAUGUCCUCCCAUUUUGUGUCUUCCUGAAAUUGAAAAACCAAAGGUUGUUCGUCGCUCAGCAAAUUUUCAUCCUAGCAUUUGGGGUGAUCGCUUCACUACAUAUACUUGCGAUAACAUGACACUUGAUGCCUGCAAUAAACAAGCUGAAGGGCUGAAAGAAGAAGUGAGGUGUAUGCUAAUGAAUUCUACCAAUGGUCCAUCAGAAAUACUGAGUUUGAUUGACACAAUCCAACGCCUUGGAUUGGCAUAUCACUUUGAAAGAGAGAUCGAUGAGAUCCUAGAACAUAUGCUUGUCACCCAUGUUGGAUAUUUCAAUGGUGUGGAUGAUGAUCUGCAUACCAUUGCUCUUUGGUUUCGAUUACUCAGACAAAAUGGCUAUAAUAUACCAUGUGAUAUCUUUAACAAAUUCAAAGAUGAUCAUGGAAAGUUCAGAGAUGGCUUAACUAGAGACCUAAAGGGCAUUCUAGGUUUGUAUGAAGCUGCACAUCUUGGGAUACGCGGAGAAGAAGUUCUAGAUGAAGCCCUUGCUUUUACUACUGCUCAACUUGAGUCGUCUGUGGUCACCAAUACAAGCUCCCAUCUUGUAAAACAAGUGAUGCAUGCCCUAGAGCAGCCCUUCCACAGGGGUAUGCUCAAGUUAGAGGCACGCCAUUACAUAUCUUUCUACGAACAAGAUGAAACACAUAACCCAGUUUUGCUACAGUUUGCAAAGCUAGAUUUCAACCGAUUGCAGCCUUUACAUCUCAAGGAGCUAAGCCAAAUAUCUAAGUGGUGGAAAGAUUUAGAUUUUGCAUUAAAGAUACCUUAUGCUAGAAACAGAGUAGUAGAAUGCUACUUUUGGAUAAUGGGAGUGUAUCCAGAACCUCAGUACUCUCUUGGAAGAAUGAUCCUAACCAAAGUAAUAGCCAUGACAUCAGUGCUCGAUGAUACUUAUGACAUAUAUGGCACACUCGAAGAACUCCAGCUUUUUACAGAUGCAAUCGAAAGGUGGGAUGUCGGUGAAACUGAUCAGCUACUGGAAUACAUGAAAGUAAUAUAUCUUGCACUCUUAGAUGUUUAUAAUGAAAUUGAGGAACAGGUGAACAGAGAAGGAAGAUCUUAUUGUGUCUAUUAUGCAAAAGAAGCGAUGAGAAAACAGGCUAGAGCUUACUUGGUUGAAGCCAAAUGGUUCUUUCAAGGGCACAUUCCUAUAGUCGAGGAGUAUAUGGAUGUGGCCUUAAUCAGCACUAGUUACCCUUUGCUGGCAGUUGCAUCCUUUGUGGGCAUGGGAGAAAUCGCAACAAAGGAGGCCUUUGAUUGGGUGUCAAAUCUACCUAAUCUCGUAAAAAAUUCAAGUAUAAUUUGUCGUCUCAUGGAUGAUAUCAUGACUCAUGAGUAUGAACAAGAGAAAGGGGAUGUUUGUUCCAGUGUUGAAUGUUAUAUGAAGCAAUAUGGUGUGUCAAAGCAAGAGGUAGUUGAAGAGUUCAGUAGGAGUAUCACAAAUGCAUGGAAAGAUAUAAACGAGGAGUGCCUCAGAACAACUGCCAUACCAAAGCCACUGCUCACGCGAGUUGCAAACCUAGCACGCAUGAUGGAUGUUAUCUACAAGCAUGGAAAUGGAUACACCAAUGCUGAGACAGUGUUGAAAGAUCACAUCACAUCUUUGCUGAUUGAUUCCAUAAAAAUUUGAGUAGGUGUUCAAAUUGCACUUUUGCUCUUACAACUAGAGAUGGAGCAUAUUUAAAAAUAGGGAUAUUUUAGUUCAACAAAUUAUAAGCUUUUCAUGUAGGGCCCAUCUCAUAAAAUAAAAUUAGAAUCCACUUCACUUUCAGCCCACCCAAUCGAGCAAUUGUUUCAUUACUGGAAUGAUCUAACCAAAGUAAU